CACUGAUACACACAAAACAUCCAGAUUGAUUCAGUAUUUCAUGCGUAGUAAAUUAGUCAAUUACGAGGUUGUACCGGUACUAUGGGUGGUGCAACGGAUGUGUGGGAUGAAAUACAGAAAGAUGAAUAUUUAAAGCAAAUAAUUACAAAAAAAGAAAACCCCGACCAGUUGAACCCUUCACAUGCCAUCAGCGCAACUCUUGCUGUGUCUGAACAACUGACUCGUCUCACCCAAGGAAUACAUCUACUGGAAAAGGAGCUACAUGUUCAGGUUUUAGAGAAUCAUGAGCACCUCGUUUCGCAAGCCACGUGGGUUGACCGUCUGGAGAACAUUUUAGCCAACAUGCAGAACAACGUCCAGAGACUGCUUUUAUCAGUGGAGCGAUUACGGAGUAAAGUUGUGGAGCCUUUUAACAAACUGGAAACACAGACGGUAAUGCUGGCAAGACUGCAUGCUACUUCGGACCUGCUGCGACGGACGGCCAGAAUACAUCAGUUGACCAAGCGGCUAUCAAACUCCGACGUUGUGCGUGCAGCGGCCAUCAUCAAUGAGCUUGAGGAGCUGUGCAGGGAUGUGGACAUGACUGGACUGGACAUGGUACAAGAAGACCUUCGGUUGAUGAGGACAGAGACGCAGAGGGUAGAGAGAGAGGCAGAACACUUGCUGUCCUCGGGACUUGCAGCUCUGAGUCAGUCCGAUAUCUCAACAGCUUUCCAAGUUUUCCAGAGCCUAGGUAUUCAAGAACGAGAAGUAAACUUGCUUUUGGAAAAUAUUUUGUCCAAAAUCAAAAAUACAUCUGAAAAAGCUCUUGAUAUUCAGAGUUUGAACCAAAAUUACAACCAAGAGAGAAAUGCCAAAUCCAAAGCCACUCCUGGUCGGGCCAGUGGAGGAACUUAUCCGGGUAACAUCACAAAUUUCCGGAACGCCCUGUGGACUGGGUGGGAACAAGUCCUUACCUCCACAAUAUUCACUUAUUGUUGUCAAAUUGCCCUGGUACAGAAAGUGCUAAGAAGCUCACAAGGAAUAAAUGGAUUUACAUCAGGGUUGGAGAAGGGCAGUGACAUCGCUGCGUUGUUCUGGAGUCAGAUUAAUGAGACGUUAACAAAACUACUCUCUGAAGCUGCUCAAAACUCAUCUUUCAUCAAGCAAGCUCUAGAAGGCGAGUACCCAAAACUGUUAAGACUCCUUUUAGAUCUCCACAAAAAACUUCAGGCUGACCCCACCACCUCUGGGAUCUACCCAAACCCGGGAGACUGCGGCCACCAGUUUGAGACGGCUUAUCUGUCGAGAUCCAUAGCUCGCCUGCUAGACUCCGUCCACGGGAUGUUUAGCUCGGAAGUUCCUCCCACCACAGAGCAAGUGGACAACCUCAUACGGACCAUCACCAAUGAGUUGAGUGUUUCCUUGGUAGAGGAUGCUUUGAGCCUGACAGUAGCACGUAACAUAGGCAAGGCUAUGCAGCUGUUCCACGUCAAGGCUGAGCAGAUGCUCUCAGUGGGAGGAGAAGCUACUCAAGUCAUCGAGCCGCCGACGACAGGACAGCUGUUGAAUGUCAGUGUUGCCAACAUCGUGUUUUACUUGAUGACUCAGGUAAAGCGAGUGGUGACCAACAUGGCCUCCAGUCUGCCUUCUGCAUCAGUCAACGAGCUGAACAAGUCCCUGACCAACGCGAAUAGUCUGACACGCCAGAUAUUGGCACCCCUGGUGUCGUCUGUUGAUGACUCUGUGGAGGCAAUAAUACUGACAAUGCAUCAGGAGGACUUUAACAGAGAAGAAAACAGCCAAGGACCUUCGCCGUACAUGCGAGAGUUGCAAACAUUCAUCCAAAGAGUUGUAUCUGUCUACUUGGUGCCUUACCAACACCAUCAGGUUGUUGGAGAAUGUAUGCAGGAAUCAGCCUCCAAGUGUUUAGAGUUGUUUCUGCGACACGUGAGUCUAGUGAGGCCCAUCAGCACUUCAGGGCGUCUGCGACUUGUGAAUGAUAUGAAACAGAUAGAGGUGGCGCUUGCUCCACUGUGUCCCCAACUGGUGUCACUGGGUCGAGUGUAUCGUCUGCUGCGUCAGUUCCGCUCCCUUGUCGAGGUCUCUGUGCCAGAGCAAGUUGCUGAGUGCCCACUCCUGGGGGAACUGGUGCCACACAGUUUAGCUCUAAUGAGUCUCUUCAGCUUUGCCCCACCUGAACUUCCCUCGCCACACCAGAGUGCUAACUGGUCCGUGGCGAGACUCUCCAAGUGGCUAGACUCGCACAGCAGUGAGAAGGAGAGGCUGGAACUUAUCAACGGAGCAUUGCAGAAAUACCAACAGACUGUUCGCAACCAAAACAAAGAAACAUUCCACCCAGUAUACCCCAUCAUGAUGCAAAUGUUGGAAAGGGGAUUCCUCCACAUCUCUCAGAACACUUCCUGAAUGUGUUUUAUUAAAUUAUUAUUGUUAAAUAAAGUAUUAUUGCCAGUUAAA